UUCGCCAGAGGUGGAUUCAACGGAGCGAAGCCAAGCGGCGAGGGCGGGAAGGCAGUAGCAGUUGAAGCGUAGGGUACCGUGGAGACGCGGGGAGUACCGACCGAGGAAGAUGUCGAUGUCUCUUGUCGUACUCAACUGGGUGAAUCGAAGACGUCUGAUCGUCUUCAUCUUCUGGUAUUCACUCUUCAUGCUAAUGGGCAUGGCCUACUACUCCCAUGUCCACGUCAGAUGGAAGGACGAUUCGCAUCUCCUGCGAGUCUACAACUCCAUCUUCCUACCCACCCCUUCACCACUGCUAAGAAAACAUUAUUUAAAACUCCCGGUCGAGAACCUUACAGUGCCAUUGUUCCUUCAAAACAUGAAUGACAUCCAAUUGCGGACGGCGCGGUUAAAACUGGAUGCCAACCCGCCCGAUGUGGUCGCCUAUGAGAGAACUAAAUUUGAUCUACUCGAGCUAUUGAACAGCAAUCUCAGCCAGUUCCUUUUAAAAGAACCCUCCGUGCAGGUCCAAAAUUUAAGCAACUCUCUACGGCGAGUUAAAAAUGCUCUUUUAGGUUUCAAUGAUUCAAGGACUACUCCCGGAUACGGGGACAUUAAUAGUCUACUCAACUCAUCGUUAGGUAAUACGUCCUCCAUGGUCGACAAGGCGAUGCUGUCGCAGAGCGACCAAUUUAAGAAUAGUUCUUAUUUGAUAGCGGCACUUGAGAAGAAUAUGCAGAAGAUUCGGGAGGAGACCGAGAUCAGUCUGAAACGGCUGCUCGAACUCAACGAGAUCAUCAACGCCCCGAACGAAACAUUCUCGAAAGAUCUGUCCAUGCACGCACUCGCCAGUCAGUCGGAACUCGCCAGAUUAAGGAAUCUCAGUGAUACGUAUGCAUUGAAUAGAAGCCGUUCCCAGAAGGGCUCCCCGGAGACGGCUUCAUCCAGCCGGAACCAAAGUCCGGUUCCUCGAGAACUGCCCGCCAGUAGGGCCUUUGGCAGUGUGCCGAGUGCUCUGGGGGGAUCCUCAGUCUUGAGAUACCCGAAGGGGAGUGGGGAGGUCGCAGCACAAAGUGCGACAAGAGCCGCUGCAGAUAGGGUGAAACCAAAGGCUGUAUACCGUCCACCAACACCUAUGCCUGAAGUAGAUGGUUACUACUUGCUAGAGACCAGAAAUAAAUUGCGUUUACGCUGCAAGUCCUGCGCCGUUGUCUCCAGCUCUGGCCAGCUCCAGAACCGAACGGCCGGCGCUGAGAUUGACAGCUACCCGUGUGUCAUACGCAUGAACAGCGCCCCCAUCAGCGGCUACGAGGACGACGUGGGAUCCAAGACCACGGCGAGGGUCAUGGGUCACGUCAACCUGGUGAAGUUGAACCAGAGCCAGUCUGACCAGCAUCAGAUCUUCGUGAACCAGUCGACGAGGGCGGAGCGACUGAUCAUCCCCUGGCUAUUCAACACCCGGGUGGACAAGAAGAAGGACAAACAUUACUCCAUCGCCAAGAACUUCUCCAAGACGUACACGGACACCCAGUUCUACAUGUUGUCCUCCACUAAGAUGGCGUUUGCUGAGAACCUCUUCCAGACUGACACAGGCAUAUCAAGGAAGGACGCCAAAACUUGGCUAUCCACAGGUUGGAUGACCCUCUUGUACGCUCUGGAUACCUGUGAUACAACAGAUGUGUUCGGCCUCAUUUAUGAAAGAUUUUGCGAGGAACAUCCUAAUGACACAACGCCGUAUCAUUACUACGAGUCGGACGGCAAGAAAGAAUGCGAGUACUACAUGCAGAGUGAGACCCAUCUCACCUCCGGCCACGUCUUCGUCACUGAGAAAGCCGUCUUCGCCCGUUGGGCCCAGAAGUUCAAUCUCAACUUUCGCUACCCGAGCUGGAACCUGACCAGGUCCAACAUCUCAGCCCCUCUGGACACCCCGUUCAUGAAGGCGUACAAGGAGGCGCAGCACAAUAAGACGCUACAGGGAAACACCGGAAGCAGAGCUGCGAGACGACACCACGUGUCCAACGGGAGGAGCAAGAAAGGUCCAUCGGUGAUCGGGCCCAAGACCAAGGAGGAUUCCGAGAAAGAGAAGUAUCAACGCUUCACCCACGCCGUCAUGUUCAUCGUCGCAAUCUUCCUUAGUCUGGUCGUCUUUCUUCUCCUCUUUCUGCUGGCAAGUUUGUUUGUCUUUUGCUUUUAUCUAUGAUAGUCAAAUAGAAUUCAAAGAGUAACUUUAAAAAUAAAAAAAAAUUGGUACAAAUUAUUUGGCCUUCGGUUGAUUUUUUUUUCUUUUCUUUUUUUCGUCGUUUUUAUUUUUUUAUAACCUAGGCCCUAUGGACUCUCAGUUGGUCCAUGGGGCAUUGAGUUUGUAGCAGCUGCUAUUGUGCUUCUAAACAAGCUGCCUCAUAAUAUCGGUGGCAGCUUGAUGUUUUUUUUUAACCCAAACCGUCCCAGGCAUUUUUAAAUUGAAUCUGCCCCGAUUCCAGCUGUAUAGAUAUUCUCACUGGUGUAUUCUGUCAUUAAAUACCAAGGCGUGGGUUUCUUCGGCUAUGCAAUCCAUCAAAGUCUGGGAUCAUAUUAAAUCUUAUUAAGCUAGUCAGUAGCAAAUUGUUUUAACUGAAGGGAAAUGUUACUGGGGCACCAGUCCAAACAGUAUGAAUGAUAUGCGGAGAAACCUGUUUGAGUUCUUUAAUUUUUUAGCAAUUGUUUUUUCACUUUACUUCUUUUUAUUUUAAGUCUUUAUGGUGCUUAGAUCUAUGCCAGCUCUACACCAGGCCUGAAAUUACACACAAUGGCCUCCAUUGCCUCUUGGUCUGGUAACACUUCAAAUGUUUCCCGUUGACUUAAAGAUUUUCCAAUGGAAGUGCCAUUUUGCAAAAUGAAAAUGGCCUUGCCCUUUCGAGAAUGAAAUUCCAGGCCUGCUAUUCUGCCAAAUAAUAUGUUGGUUUUUAGAAAUGUGAAAAAAAAUACCUAGUCACAUUGAUUGAGGAGGGGCAGAUUCCAUCCAUCAUGAGAGAGCUGAAUGAAAAAAUUAAUAAAUAAUAUGCUCCCAAAUUGAGAAGAACAAACAAAUUAUAGCUUGUUAAUAUAAGCAAAUUAUGCACCCUAGAAACUGUGUACGUAGAUGUUGAAAUUGGGAUCUUCCUAGCAGCAACACUACAUAAAAUUUCAGUCAAUUCUUUCCACAUAUGUAACAUUUUGCACAUGUGGAAAUGUUAACACUAUAGUAGAGUUAUAAUUUUAUUUAUAAAAACUAUCUAGGGCAUGUUAUAGUACUGUUGUCACGUUUUUAUCUCAAUUCUCCUGAGGUUUGUUUUUAUUCUCAUGAAGAGCUGUAUUGUUUUUAAAAAAAAAACAGCUGCAUUGAAGUUGAUACAAUUUCCUCUCUUGCCAUGUAUUUUAGGAGAUUAGUUAUUAGAAUACUACAAUGUACGUUCUGUUACGAGCAUGUUACUGAUAAUUUUUCAAUACAAACAUAGAUUCUCACGGCUGAAAUGUCUGUUAGAACGGUUCACUGCCAUGCGUCCCUAUUUUCAAAUGCCACAUGCGUAUGAUUCUUAAAACCUAAUCUCUGUGUGGUUGUUUAAUCCCCUCUCGUCGUUUCAUCUUUCUCUUCUGCCCUUAAAACAUUGAGAGACAGAGGAAGGAUAAGAAGAAGGAAAAAAAUUGAUUGGCCGAGGCAAGAAUCGCUAAAACAUGCAUGAAGGUUUUUUUGUUUUGAUUUGUUCAUGCGCAGGUUUUUUUUCUUCCCAGUUUUGUUUUUGAAAACUAUCAAGAGUUAACAAAAAGAUUGGAAACAAAUUAUUAAGGAGUUGUAAAAUAAUCCUGUCUGCUCAAGUAGACAGAGGAAGGAUAAGAAGAAGGACAAAAUUGAUUGGCCGAGGCAAGAAUCGCUAAAACAUGCAUGAAGGUUUUUUUGUUUUGAUUUGUUCAUGCGCAGGUUUUUUUUCUUCCCAGUUUUUUUUUUUUGAAAACUAUCACGAGUUAACGAAAAGAUUGGAAACAAAUUAUUAAGGAGUUGUAAAAUAAUCCUGUCUGCUCAAGUAUCAUGGAUUUUAAUCCUCCAAGGUCUUGCCAAUAGGAAAAAUAUGUUUCAUUUGCCAUGUACAUGUAGUUGGAGAGAAUUUUGUUUUUGUCAUUUGGUACCUGUAGUUGAUGAUACAUUGCAAGCUUCCCUAAUGUACAUUAGGUACAUUAUCUGAAAGAUGGGGCUUCAAGAUCAAAUUAAGUUUUCAGAUGCACUUAUUUUCCAAUAGAUACAUGAAGUGUUCUCGAAUGAAAGUGGGGGAAAUUUUUGAGUAAGGAACGUCACAUUAAAAUGGUGUGAAAUGUCAAUGUAUGUCAUACUCUUUCAGAAUUUUUUUUAACAUGACGUGUUAAAAAAAAAAAAAAAAAAAAAAAAAAAGGUCUGUUCAAGGAGACUACUUUUGAGCCAGUUUAAAAGGUAAAAUGCAAUGCCAUUUAGAUUAAAAGUCAUCAAAAUUAAGCAAUAAACUGAACAUUCGUUGCUAAAAAAUGUACAGACCCGCAAUUGAAAUUCAGCGUCAUGGAACGUUGUUGGAUUUCAACAAAAAUUGCACUUGAAGGAAAUUAAACUUUGUGACAUUUGACAUCAUCAAUUCAAUCUAAGGUUAGAGGCUCGUUUUGUCCCCUCCAUUGUCAUGAGGGCUUUAUCUUUUUUGAUAAUGGGCGGAUCACAAAACUGAAGUUGAUCUUAGAGACCCUUCUUUUAAAUCAGUUGUCAACCAUCAAAGUGCAAAAUGCUAACUUCCUAUCAUCAUGCAGAUUGAUAUUGUUUUUCUCUCUCCAUCAUAAACUUCCAAGCUCCCUUCUCCAUGUGAGCUUUAGAGCAUGUGCUAAACUGUGACCACCUAACAAAGCCAAUCUAGAGAUUUAUAACGAACAAACUUAAUAUUAAGAAUGCACAAAUGGAGUCUGACCUACAUGUGUACAUGUAUGUUGCUCCAUCUAAUAAACGAUUAUGCACCAUUUUCAGGAAUUAUUCAUAAAUAUACUGCAAACACAGAACUGUUUUCAUAGCUUGAACUCGCAGAAGUAACUGGCAAACUCUAUAAAUUUCAUCCAUUUUAAAAUGUUUUUUUCUUUCUUUCAAGCAUUUAAAAGAGACCGGUUUUAUGUGCUGUAACCCAGUGUUUUCAACAAUCCCAUUAUUUCAAGCAUUCCAAAGAGACCGGUUUUAUGUGCUGUAACCCAGUGUUUUCAACAAUCCCAUUAUUUUUCCCUCUAUGUAGGUUUCUGUCUUGACCAUCUGAUGAAACAAGAGGUGCCUUAUCCAUAUUCCGGGGCCAACUGCUCAUCACAGUUGGUCCUGUGUACAUGGACAAAGGACCUUCUACCUACUGUAGAGGCCCCACAGUUAGCUUCAGCAGCCGUUCUGCCCAAUUAAAAAAGAACCCCCUAAGCUUGCUGAUAAUUUGGUGGGUAAGAAAAAAUACCAAGUUGGAAUGGUGCAUUUGAUCUAGGCAUUAAAGGUGGUAUCUGGUUUUGUUUCACCACCUCGCUUGCUUUUGUUCUCCUUACUUUCUACCCACCCCUCUCUGGAAAGUGGUAUCACCCUAACAGUUUCAUUUUUCCUGUUAACACAAGUUGGGCCAGGGUGGAGGGGAAACAAAACACCAUCCUGGUCUGAUCUUCAACUCUCACAUUUCAUAAUCAUCUGCUCUAGACCUUCACUUUGUGCAACUAACUCCUUACAUAUUUAACGGGUCAUCAUACAUAUUCAUUGUCUCAUCGGUUGACCUUUGACCGGUUGGGGCAAUCUGCAUGUUUAUGCAAAUGAUAAACGACACAAAUGACUGCUGCUGGAGGUCACCUGGGGUCACUGUAGUGUCAUCCCUGUAUGUCUUUUCCCAAGCAUGAUGUGUUUGUUUUUGAGUGGUUCUUGUACUCAGACUAAAUAAAACUCCCCCUUUUUUCUGAGGGAAAACAAAAAGUAAGGAAGCAUUUCAUGGUUUCCUUAAAAGCUCCUGCAAGUUAUACUUUCAGUUUGUGUUUGACAAGACUAACCUCAAUUGUUUUUUUUUAAUUUAAAAAAAACACAACAACAAUGAUUUGGAUUAACAGUGAGGCAUUUAAAGUGAGGCACUUCAUGUAUUAUUAUGACUUGCUCCACCAACAAUAGCAGUUACCAUGGUAACUAGGGACAACAAUACCUUACUUUCAUUUUCGAAUCAGUGGCGACCAAAGAUUGGUUGUAGUUCAAAAGUUUGCUUUGAAAAAAAAAAAAUGUAGAAAAUACUUCCGGGUUCUGUUAAAGCAAGUCACAAUAAUACAGGUGAAGCUUGACAUUUCCUUGUUUUAUUUUCCUUCGUCCUGUCUGUUUCGUUUCAUUUUUUAUUUGCCAAGCACUUGAACAACUAUUUGCCAAACCGGUUUAUGUACAAGUUUUUGUACUGGUUUCCUUUUUAUUUUUGAAGGCAACAUAUGUCUUUGGAUUAUGUUAUGUAUCCACACAGACGGUGUUUAUGAAGAAAAAAAACUUCUGAAACUAUGUUCUUACUUUUAAUAAUUCUUUCAUCAUAAUCCUCUGAUCAUGCGGAAUUUUUUUAAGUGCUCGGCAUGUUUUGGAUGAUCAUAACUAACAAAAAUUUUGGAAACGUUACUUCCCAUUUUCAGAAACAGUAUAAUUAUUUGAUUAUGUUAAAAUUCCUGCCGAAAGGGGUCUGUUAAGAACGACUCGUGCUUCCAAUUAUAAGAGGCUUGCUGUAUUGCAUGUUUAGGAGAAGGGGACUACAUUUGUCAGUAUUAACCACGUGUAAGUGUCUCACUCCAUCGGUUUCCAGGAUUACUAGCAUUGUUAUCCCUUAACUAAUAUUGUUAACUUUAACGCUAGUUGUGUUUUCAUCAGUUUUUUUUUUCCCCUUCUUUUUCUUCUUUUAUGGUUUAAGAUGACUGAAAUUAGAAUUGUAUCAUAUGUACAUGUGAGUACUUGUAGCUGGCCCAGUAUAUAUAGUUCACCAAAGAUUAACAACUUAAACAAAAAAAAACUGUACAGUAAUUAUUUAUUUUACAAUUUUUAAAGCGCCAAUUAGCUUUGUAGAAAUGACUAAUUUCUGUUGUGUAUAUGUAAAUAUGUUAAUGAGGGUAUGAAUUUGGUGAUGUUACACCUCAUGUUUUUUGUUAUUGCAUGGUCAGUUUCCUUCAGAGAUAUAUCGAGAAAUGUGAUAGUACUACCAUUCCUUUAACUUGUUGAGAUAUUUGACCCUUGACCGUUAAGGAGCAGUCACCGUGGCAGUAUCAUUGUCUAGUUGACUGACAUGGAUCACCUUCCAAAGCGGGGUGGGGUGGAUAAGUUACAUGAACACUACGGGGGCUCUCCGGCACCAGACCAAAUUGCCAGUAAAAUAUCAAGAAACGUUCCUCCUUACAUUCUUAGAAGCAAAAUUGAGAGUUUUUUUUGUUUGCUUGUUAUGAUUUGGAUCUCUGUCAAAAGCUUUAAGGAAUGGUAUUACAUCAGGGCCCAAUUUCAUAGAGCUGCUUAAGCACAAAAUUGUGCUUAAGCAAAAAAAAUCCUUGCUUAGUAAAAUCAGAUUACAUUUUGUUUGGUGAGAAAGACUUAUUGAUAUUUUUUGUAUUGAACAUUUUUGAAAACUGUUAAAAUGUGGCGUGUCGGGUUAAAAAAAAAAAAAAAAAAAAAAAAAAAACAGGCGCAGGUAGAAUUUAGUUGGGACACGGCCAUGGGUGUGCUUUGGGCACUGCAACUAAUAGGUGUGACUUUGUGGUAAGAUUUGCUGUAAGAAUGCAAUCACGUUUUUGUUGCAAAUGAAUCCUCUCCCAGAAAGAGCAAAAGUCACCUGAGAAUAUUUGUACUCCUAUGCAAUGGAAAUUACUUCCUGGCGUUGUCAGAAUAAUGACACGCAUGCUGGUUGCAAAUCAAAAAAGUAUUUUCCUAAAAUGCUCUGAGAUCAUUAGGUCCAUCAGUGCAAAGUAUUACUUUACUCCCAGCUUAAUUUUUUUAGGGUCUGGUUUCAACUUGACGUCAGGACGUUGUACUUUUAAUUUUUUAACGACCAGCUCUUCUGCAAUACUGCUAUCACUAGCGAAUUGCGCAGUAAUUUUCUGUAAUAACAUGGCGAGUUGCCAACUCAUCCUGUUAUCUGAUGCUGAUGAUUUUUGGGGGAUCAUUAGGUAGAGACUGUUGCUAUGGACUAAUGUUGAUUUACGAUGACAACCAAGAGGGGCCGGGUGGGGAGAGAUUGGUUAUCGCUACAGUCGAAUCCGACAGGCAAUACCGAAGGGACUUCGCUAAAUUAAUAUGAUGAUAUACUGAUACUUGGAAGACAUUUCUAUUAAAUUGGUGACGGUCUCUGAAUACGUUACCCCCCCCCCCCCCCCAAACAUCUCGACAAUUGCCUGGAUUGGGACGUUACUUUCUCGCUAUCUCUUUCAUCUUCCGUGAAAGAUGUAAAUUAUCAUUAUUAACCUAAAUGGACGGCGGGGGCAGUGAGCCAGAUUCCAGGGUACUGCAGUGUAUAUGUAGAUGGAGUCCGUUUAAAGAAAAUGCAGUACUGUUUUUUGUUUUUAGUCCGUUUAAAGAAAAUGCAGUAUUGUUUUUUGUUUGUAUAACUUAAUAUCUUGAUAUGUCUCUUGGCUUCUUUAGAAAGCAGCCUGAAAAAAAGUGGACAGGGUUUUAUUUUAUUUUCCAGAGAAAACUGAUUUUUUAAUUCGCGAGCGUUUUCAGCAGCGACAAUAAUUUAUAAGCAGAAGUGAUUCUUGCUUAGCAAAGCUACACCCUCAUACAGGAUGGUGCUUUGUGGUAAUGUGUUAGUGUGUUACCGCUUAUGACUGGUUCCCUUACGGUCGAGCUGGCCGUUUCUUAAAGUGAUCUGUGCCGGCCAUCCGUGCGAAAAAUGAGCAAUGUUGUUAAUGAAUUGCCGAUUGAACAUUUCACGUAUUUUCUGGAAAAUGUAGCUAGAGUGUAAUAUACUUACACUUUACAGGGUAAACUUUACUCGUUCUGCUGGUCAUGUGAUGAAAACCCAGUUUAUGUAAAUGUGGACCAAUUUCUUGUAAAGCUGCGAUUUUUUUUUCUGCUCAUUUUCUGAAACUAAGCACAGAUGACUGUCCCGUAAGCAAAACAUACAUUUUCUGAAACUAAGCACAGAUGACCGUCCCGUAAGCAAAACAUAUGUUAGCUUGCUGGCAGUUCCUGUAAUCAGAUGGGUGACGUAACAACUGAAAUCACUCAUUGUGAACGUCAUGAAAUCUUCUUGAUCUAUGAUGAAGUAAUACAUUGUUCAUUAUCGGGCAUGUUAUUCUGCUACGUGAAGCUCAACAAUUGUGAUUAGCGGUGUUAACAGCUUUUAUGAAGUUGGGCCGAGAUAACUGAAGCACAUAGGUAGUUCCUCGUCAGGUAACAGUUGUUUGUUAUAGCAAACCAAAACGAAAAUCACCUUUAUUUAAAUAGACGAUAAUAACCUAAGCUUGGCGUAACUUCACUUGUUAUUCCUCACACACGAAAAUCACAUUAAUUUAGUUAAAGCAAUGAGAUAGUUUAUUUGGGGCACUGCAAAUAAUUGAAUGAUGUAUGUUUAACCAUGUAGGUAGAAAUGGUUAAACAGACGCUAAGGAAUAAAUUUUUGCGUGUGAAAUCUUUCCCCGUGAAGACUGUACAAGUAACCUUUUUACUUUCUUUCUGAAAGGAAUUUAUGCUCAGGCAAGCAGACUCGAUAGCUUAGUGUGAAUUUGACUUAUUAGAAUCCCUUGGUGGUAAUUGUGUUUUUGAAUCUAUUAUCUUUACAUACAUAUUAUAUAACCUUGUAUUUGUACGUUUAUCAUGCAGCAAAAGGUGGUGGCACUUCUAUGUAAUAUUUUAGUUUAAUCCAGUACUAUUAAAUAUCUUGUCUACACAUUUUUCCCUCCAAUGUUAUAAAUAUGUAUAUUAAGCUUUUUUAUUUGUUGUAUUUAUUCCUGAAGUUGCUUUGUACUAAAAAAGGAGCAGUUUUGAGUUUGUACGAAUACUUUUUGUCGGCAUUAAUUCAAUGCAGUUUUCAUAUUCCGUUUGGCUCUUGGUACAUCCAGACCGUUCGGCUCUUGUAUAAAAAUAAUAGACAUUUAGGAAGAGGUUCUGCUUAAAAAGAGUACAGUCUGAAGUCCCGAAUCUCAUUCUGCUCUGUGCGUUUUUGCUUUGCUGUCCUCUUAUAAUAACAGUCCUGUUAUAAAGAGGUCAUUUGGUCAGUCCCAGCGACCUUGUAACAUGUAUACGAGAGAUACAUGUGCUUUGUGACAUGCAUGUAGGCUGACCCACCAAAACUGUUGGGUUCAAUACCUGGGGAAAUAGCUCUAGAUCUGCAUCCUGUCAGCAGGGCGACCGGUGAAAUUCAUCAAUUUAUCCAACCAGGGAAAGCGACGACGAUUCACAUUAUAUGAUGUGUCACAGAAAAUUGAGUGUGCUUGUUCAGGGUCUUGUGUUACAUUCUGGAUGCAGCAAAUGAUGGCAGGGGGUCAGGCCUGGUAAAUGAAAUACCUGGGAGAAAGACUGGCUGCUCACAAGGGUGCCUGGUUAUGCUUACUGUUUGCAAUCUUUUUUUUAAAGAGAUAGCUCUGGUUUUUUUUAAUUUUAUAAACAGUUCUACUUCCGUCCUUUAGUUUCAUUUAGAUACACUUUUUGUACCCUGGGAAAUUAUAUUUAAAGUCAAAACAAUUUAUUAAAAAACAAUGAAAUAAGUCGGGGACACUACCUUAUUUCAGUUGCUGCAAUUGAAAUAAGCAAUGAUGAUUUUGGGAGGUUUUUUCUAAUGCUAUUUAUCUACCCUUUUUUCAGAUCAGAUUUCAAAUUAUUUCCAGAUUCAAACAGUUCUCUCGUAUUCAGGCACGCUCGGGUAGUCCAGUAAGACCUCUGCUCUAGAGUUGUAGGGGUCAUGGGUUUGAAUCCCACCCAGGUAGUUGUGCAUGUGGACUGUUUUGCUGUGACGAAGUUGAAACGGUUUAGGGAUUUAAAAAAAAAAAAAAA